AUGCCGCCCGUCAUAUCCCGCCGCUCAGCGGCGCUGCCCACCCUCGUCUCGUUGUCAAAGCUCUUCCACCUUGUCCCCGCUGCUCUCUCGAACCGCCAUACCAAGCGUGGUGUGGAAUGGGCUGUGACUGCGGCGUCCACCCUUGCCGAGGAGGAGGGCGGAGGUGAAGAGGAGCCCGGACCUGAGCGCAUGUUCAAGCUCAUCCUUUCGGUCGGCCUCGUCCUCCUGGGCGGUGUCUUUGCUGGUCUUACUCUGGCGCUCAUGGGCUCUGAUGACCUCAACCUCCGCGUCCUUGCCGCCUCCUCCGACGAUCCCAGGGAGCGCUCCGACGCUACCAAGGUGCUCCGUCUCCUCGGUCGCGGUCGCCAUUGGGUUCUCGUCGUUCUUCUCCUCGGCAACGUUAUUGUUAACGAGUCCCUGCCCAUUUUCCUGGAUGACGUUCUUGGCGGCGGCCUUGCCGCAGUUGUUGCUUCGACGGUCAUGAUUGUCAUCUUCGGAGAGGUCAUUCCCCAAGCUGUCUGCGUGCGUUAUGGGCUUGCCAUCGGUGGCUACUGCGCGCCAAUGGUCCACGCCCUCAUGAUCUUGUUUGCGCCAAUCGCUUGGCCUAUCGCCAAGUUGCUUGAUUGGGCUCUUGGCCACGAUGCUGGCCAUACGUACAAGAAGGCCGAGCUCAAGAGCUUCCUCCAGUUCCAUCGCGAGGGCGAGGAGCCCCUGCGUGACGACGAAAUCAUCAUUCUCAACGGUGUGCUGUCGCUCAACGACCGCCAUGUCAAGGAGAUUAUGACCCCGAUUGACGACUGUCUGGUCCUCCCCGCGGACAAGGUGCUCGACCACGAUGCCGUGGAUCACAUUCUCAUCUCGGGCUUCUCUCGUCUUCCCGUCCACGAGCCUGGACAGCCCGACAACUUUAUCGGCAUGCUCCUUGUGAAGAGGCUCAUCACAUACAACCCGGACGACAACAAGCAAGUGUCCAGCUUCCCGCUUCUUCCUCUUCCCGAGGCUACUCCCGACCUCAACUGCUUCCAGGCCCUCGACUACUUCCAGACUGGCCGUGCCCACCUCCUCCUCAUCAGCGAGACUCCAGGUCGCCGCGGCGGCGCCCUCGGUAUUCUCAGCCUGGAGGACCUUAUUGAGGAGAUUAUCGGCGAAGAGAUUAUUGAUGAGACCGACCGGUACCAGGACAACCACUCGAAGCGCAAGGCUCAGCGCAAGGCCACUCGCGAGAUCAUGCUCGGCAUUAUCGAACGCCAGCGCGUCAUCAACGCGUUCAGCCGCCGGCCCUCCAAGGGCGAGGCCAACUCGACAUCUCGUACACAGUCGCCACACCCUACUACUCGUGUGCCACCGCCUGAGGGUAUCCUCGUCCAGCUCGCUGGCGGCACCGGUGCCUUCAGCGCCGAGCCGACGCCCAUCGAGGCGGCCGUGACCGCCGACCUGGGCUCGACGCCUCGCGCGGUUGUCAUCCCUCCCGCUCCGCAGACCCAGGCCGCCGAGGUCGUUGUGACCUCGCCCAACGGCGAGCAGAACGUCAUUGUCGAGACUGCGGUUCCCCAGCCUGGCUCGACGCAGCUGGUCGGCGCCGAUGCCGCUGCCGCUGUCGACGACACGUCGGCAACAGACCCCGGCGCCGCAAGUGACUCGACGGCGACCCCGGGUUCCAACACCACCACCAGCGCCGACGACGACAAGGACAGCUCGGCCACGCCCGAGCCCGAGCCCGAGACCUCGACCGCGGCGGCCACCACCACCAAACCAAAGCAGAACGGCAAGCGUCGCAAGGGUAAGAAGAACAAGGGCGACACUGAAGUCGCGACUGCGCUAGAGCCGUUCCCCACUGCCGCCGCGUUUGAGCGCGUCUCCCACGCCUUUUUGCAGCGGUACGCCGGCCGCCACGCCCGCGGGCCCGGCGCGGAACGCACCAACGUCGGGUGGGAAUGGCGCAUAAAGUCGUCCAUGUGGCGCGGCGAACAGGGAUACCUCUUCCGCAGGGACACCAAGUGGUCUGCGCAGUCUGCCACGAGCGCCGACGACCAGAUCGACGACGUCGCGCAGGCGAUGCGCGACGAGGCCGCCGCCGCCGCCGCCGCCGAGGUUGAGGACUGUGACGACGACGCGGCGGCGCUGGCGCCGUCGGCGGGCCCGCGCUCGCGCGUAGAGCGCGAGUACUCGGUUGUGUGGUCGCCGACGUACCGCGUGCCGAUGCUGUGCGUGCGCGCGUGGGACGAGCACGGCGUGCCGCUUGGCCUGGACGAGAUUGUGACGCACGUCCUGCGGGCGGGCGGCGCGGGGGCCGCUGCCGCCGCGAGGGCACACAGUGGCGGCGGCGGCGGGCUGGAGCGGACGGACGCGCUCAUGCUCCCCGGCGCGUCGUUCCCGCUCCUCCAACAGACCGAGCACCCGGUCACGGGCGACGUGGUGUGGAGCGUGCAUCCGUGUGAAGUGCGCGGUGCGGUUGGGGAGGUGGUUGCGACCGAGGACGAGGAGGAGGAGGACGACGACGACGACGACGACGGACAAGUCGGCGGCGAGCAGUUGCGCUGGCUCGAGGCGUGGUUUAUGCUCAGCAACUCGGUGGUGGACCUGGAGGCAUGA